AAGUCCGAUUGUAUAGAAUGUCGUCCAAUAACCUUAACAACAGGCUGAACAUGAGUUGACUUGUCACAGACACCAUUUUGAAGACUCAUUUAACUUGCUGAGACACUAAAGUCCCUACCUGAGGAAGACAUACGGUUUAGGCUCACAUGGUUUCACGCUCUACAAAGGUUAGUGUUGUGUGAUGGAAGCAAAGCUACAAACAAAAUAAGAACAGUGGUAGAUGAAAGCACCAAGUGUACGGACAUCCACCAGGACACAAAUGUCAAAGAGGUCGUAGCUCCUCAGUUUGUAGAACCUCGUCCAUUAUCAGUUCAUAGCCAUGUCCGAUGAUCUUCAGACAGCAGGGACCAGUGGUCAGUCGCCAGACAGUAGUGGUCAGCCGUCGUCUUCUUCACAGCAGGGAAGUGAGCAAUUUUGGACAAACUGGGUUGAAAACGCGUUUCCUGAUCUGGAAAGUAAAGCUUACUUUGUUCCUCCUGUCUUCGUGAACCGCGUGCCCAUGACCAAGUAUUCAUCGCCGGUUAAUGAAGCUCUAGUUAUUAGAGAAGCUCCAGGAAAGGCUGGGCCGUCCAUCUGUCCUGCCUUGAGUCCUUCUACUUUAACUACGUCACCACAACCUACACCAGUGCAAGACAGCGACAUCAGAGAUGAUGCUGCUAUGCAGAGAGUGAUCCUUUGUUUACAAAAACUAACAGAAAAAAAGGGGGUGUUUGUUGCCCUGAGUCAGUUAAAGUUCGGACAGUACCUGGGUGAACCUUGCUACGCUGCUGCAGCAGCACAGUUGCCCUCAGCUAAGAACCUGCCUCCUCACCACCCAGAAAGUUGGAAAGAUGGCGACUUUGAUGUUUUACUCAUUCACCGACACUACGGCCUCGUUAUCUGCGAAGUGAAAUCUGUGGGAGACAAUGUACUAGCUCUGAAUAUGUCACAGCAAGAUAUAGAUAAAAGUAUAAGAGCAAAACUUGGACAAGCUGUGUCUCAGCUGGACAAGGCGGAAGUCAUGUUGUCUCACCUCGUGCACGAUGUGGCCCCCGGUCUGCGCGUGUGUAAGACGAUGGCUCUCCCGAACCUCACAGCUCCUCAGGUGCAACAGGCCAUCGACGGCGACCCCAAGCUGUCACGGGACUUGUGUUGUUGCCUGGGAACAGCCGAUCCUGCAAACAUCGCUAGCCUUUGUCUAUGCUGUGACCAGCUGUCUGACCCCAAGGCACCCUGGAAUGUCGAUGACAAUGUCCUGAGGGAAUUAGGUGAAUGGUGGAAGCGACGGGUGGAGGUGUCUGAACCCAAUCCUCAGAUGACCCCUGACCAGUACAAGAGACUGGUGGCAAGAUUCUGUGGUCCAGCUACAACAGUGACAGUGCCCUGUGUAAUCGCCCCACGACUGAGUGUCAAGACCUUGUCACAGGCUGUGUCUGCGACUGGAAUGUUUUUUGCUGAAAUAACUUUGUUCCCAGAACAGAUGCUACUACUACAGACAAAAACCCCACUAGUCUUCCUGGACGGACCGCCAGGCACGGGGAAGACUGUGAUGCUUCAGCUGAUGGCGACAGAAUGGCUGCGCGACGACCACCCCGUCUACAUCGUGAGUACCUGGGAGAGAAGCCGUGCGUCGUGCAGCAUGCUGCAUCAUCUCCUCCUGCAGACAGAAAGUCCAGCGACACCCAGCAAAGUUCAUCUGCGAAGAUUUAACUUUGGCGAUGACAAGGAUGUGGAAAAAGCUGUGACCGACUUGUCGCAAGAUGCAUUGGGAAAACAAUUGCAUGUCGUCGCCGACGAAGUGGGACCCGACUACGGUAGGCCACAGGCCUUCAAGACCUUCUGUGAGAAGCUUCUCAAACAAGUUCCUGACCUCCAUCUUUGGGCAGCAAGUUGUCGAUACAAUCUCUCACCCAGAGGAUGGGAACAGGAACAUUUAACCAAGCCCCUCCGCUCUCCCCCCGUGGUGGUAAGGGAGGUCGCACAAGCAUCGGAAAUCAGACUGAGUGGCGAUGUCCGACCUUACAGUCCACUGAGUAUACCCAGCCACACAGAUGGCCCACAAAUAGAGUGGAUCGGCCUAGAUCAUCCAAAAAGCAUCACCCAUGACUGCCAAGACUGCGGCAAACAGCUGGGAAAAUUGUUGUACAGACUUAUAGAUACAGGAACAACUCUCACUGCCCCUCCUGCAAGUCCAUCACUUGAGCCACCGAGACUGCAGUGGAAGGAUGUCUUGGUGCUGUGGUGGGGUGGGGCAAGCGACAGCGCGGGUAUAGUCACGGGACUGCGUUCAGCGAACGUCCCAGUACGGGUGAUGAUGGCAGAUGACAUCGAUGACGUGGCCAGCGCUGUCAGUGACGUGGUGUGGGUGGCGGAUCGGGACUUCGUGCGAGGGCUGGAGCGCAAGGUCAUCGUGUGUCUGGAGAUUUUCGGCCUCGACGACCUCCUCCUUCGCCUCCACGCCCUGUCGAGGUGCACGUCACAGCUGGUGAUCGUCAGUCACUCUCCGCGUCCGCAAACGUCACAUGCUGAUCGAAGCAGAACUGCCGACAGUGAUUUAAGUCAAGAUUAAGAUGAUCCAAAUUGAUAACCAGACUAAAGAAUGAAAUAAAAUCUUAGCCGAACUUUGAAACAUCUGUCCUGCAAACAUACACAUACAGGUUACAAUGUUUCCUCGUUUUCGAAAAACUCCGCAAAUCCAACAUACUCAUGACGACCUUCUCUUCCCUAAUGAAAUAAUAAAAAUACAUAUGACUGGAA